UCCGUCCCGAAAGACGCUCCGCACUUCCUGCUUUUCUUAGCCGCCGUAUUAGCCGGAGUUGGAAAGGAGAGUAGAAGGUGAAAAGUAGGGGAAGACGAGCGGAUGGACACACGGAGAAUCAGCUGGUCAGUAAACAGACAAGCCGGUGGUUCCUAGGGUGGAGGCAGAGUAGGAAUCUUUGAAGGAGAUUGUCCGUGGACGCAGUGAGCAGAUACAUAAGCACGGAAGUGAAACACCGGAGAAUAUGAGACGCCGGAGAACGUCUGUUUAAGUGCCGGCACGGAGAAAGCUGCAGGUGGAGUCGCGAGAUAUUUAAAAGUGCCGUUAAGCACCGAGUGUUGAGAAUAUGGAAGUGCUGGAUCAGAUGUUGCAGGACCCUUUAGACCAGGGUCCUGGCACUGAUGAGCAUGGGGGCCGCAUUAUGGAGGACUGCAUGCUUGGAGCCACCCGUGUCAGCUUGCCUGAGGACCUUCUGGAGGAUCCAGAAAUCUUUUUUGACGUGGUGAGCCACAACACUUGGAAGGAUGUUCUGACAGAUGCACAGCGAGAACAUCUCCGCCAGUUUCUACCCCAGUUUCCAGAUGGGAAUUCUAGAGAUCAACAGGAAGCCAUCAUUGCAGAUCUUUUUGGGGAUAAGAACUUCCGGUUUGGGAACCCCUUGCAUAUUGCCCAGAAGCUCUUUCGAGAUGGCUAUUUUAACCCUGAGGUGGUGAAAUACCGGCAGCUGUGUCUCAAAUCGCAGCGCAAACGAUAUGUUUAUUCUCAGCAGCAGUAUUUUCACAAGCUGCUGAAGCAGAUCCUCAUUUCCAGAAAGGAACUUUUGGACAUGGCUCGGCGAAGUGGACCAGACUUAGUUUUGAAGAGGCGCUAUCCAUCCCCAUCCACCCGCCCCGAAGAAAGAGAGCAGCGGGCCAAAAGGCGCGUGGCAAAGAUUCUGCGAGAGGUUAAAGAAGAGUGUGGAGACAGCACAGUGUCUUCGGAUGAGGAGGAUGUCAGCUUUUGGCUCCCUUCUUCUUCCCCACCUCCUGCUCUAAAUGCAACUGUAACUCUUAGGAUGGUUCCAACACUGUCCACACAGGACAUGAAGACCACAGAGAAGCCUGACCUAGGAGAGACGGCCCUGAAGGUGAUGCUGAAGAAGCACCGGGAGAGGAGGAAAUAUCAGCCAGAUCGUCCUGAUUUGAUGACCUCUGACCUCAGCCUAAAUGACAUUAUGUCCAGAGUGAAUGCGGGCCGUAAGGGCUCUCUUGUUGCACUGUUUGACCUGGCUGUCCCAAAAAGGAAGGUCAAGGAGAGAGAUGAGAGGAAGAAGAAGAAGAUGAAAGCAAUCAAAUUAGAGCCAGAGGACCACUCUGAAGUCAUAGGGGUACCUGAAUGCCCCCUGGAGCCUACUGUGGAACCCACUACCCCAGUUUUGCCUGCUGUCAAAGAGGAGCCUCCAGAGGAAGUGAAAAACACACUCUUUGUAGAGGAAAUUGCAACAAGUUUUUUUAGCCUACUGGAGGGCAUUCUGCGGCUGGAAGGGCAACUGAGCCUGACCACGAUUGAGGAGAAGGUCACUCAGUGGCAGGCCUCCCCCGCCAGCACCCUGAACCCCUGGUUCUCUUUAUCUCCUUGCUGGUCUGAGCUGGUGCUCUCGGCGUUUCACUUUCUAGCAGGAGAGAGCAAAGCUGGAGCCAUGUCUCUGCCCAGUGGGUUUUCACCCUAUGUGGAGUUCCGAGAGAAAAGUCAGCAGUGGAAGUGGAUUGACACCAGCCAGGACACAGAGAAGGACCUGAGUGCCCUUUGUCAGUUGUGGCUUGAGACCAAGGAUCAGAUGAUUGUCAAGCAGGAAAGUGAAGAGCUAACAGACGUGACACCACCAACUCCUCGAGUGCGGACAGACUAUGUGGUGCGGCCUAGUACAGGUGAGGAGAGGCGGUUCUUUCAGGAGCAGGAACGCCAGCGCUAUGACCAGCCCCACAAAGCCUUUACCUUCCGCCUUCAUGGGUUUGAGUCUGUGGUGGGGCCCGUCAAAGGCGUCUUUGACAAGGAGACCUCCCUCAACAAGGCCAGAGAACACUCGCUGCUGCGCUCUGACCGUCCCGCAUAUGUUACUAUCCUGUCUCUUGUACGAGAUGCAGCAGCGCGCCUUCCAAAUGGAGAGGGUACCCGUGCAGAAAUUUGUGAGCUCCUCAAGGACUCCCAGUUCUUGGCACCUGAGGUCACUAGUGCUCAGGUGAACACAGUUGUCAGUGGGGCUCUCGACCGCCUGCACUAUGAAAAAGACCCGUGUGUGAAAUAUGACAUUGGUCGAAAGCUCUGGAUCUACCUGCAUCGGGACCGAAGUGAGGAAGAAUUUGAAAGAAUACACCAGGCACAGGCAGCAGCUGCCAAAGCCAAAAAGGCUCUACAGCAGAAACCAAAACCUCUGCAGAAACCGAAGUCUGCUCCCAAGGAAGGGUCCAAGACGCCUGUUGGUACUCCUGGUGAGCAGGUUCAGCUUAGCACACCUGAAGCAGGCCCUUUGCAGACAACUGUCUUACCUGUGACUCCCACCACCCCGAAGUCACCCACACCCCCUAUAAUAGCAGCCACUAAGACAGUAUCCACCUCUGUUCCUGAUCCUGUGAAGCCCAACCAAAGCCUGCUGCUAGUGUCCUCCCCGUCAAUGCCUCAGCUUAGUACUCUGCUAUCAGCCAACCAGACUGCUCAGCAGUCUCCAGCUGGAACGCAGCCUACAACUCGGGUGGUUGCACAUCCAGGGACAGGUUCUCUUCCCCAAGUGCGAGUGGUCACAGCUCCAACUGGCCUGGCCACAUCUGCUGGAUCCCAACAGGCUUCACUGGUGCAUCCAACACAGCAUCAGAUCCGACUGCCGGUCACCGUUGCCCACACCAAGGCACUGCCACAGACGGUGGUUACAGUGCCGUUAAAGACACAGGCAGGAGGCAGCACUACACCAGUGCAGGUAACCCGGACCCAAACUGGCAUCACUUUUGCAGGACUGGCAACUGGUGUGAGUGCCACCAAAUCAUCACUGACUACUCCAGGCAGCCCUGCCCAAACGUCGAGCCCUACGACUGUCCUGCAGAGUGUUGCAGGGCAGAAUGUCAUCAAGCAGGUGGCAAUCACUGGGCAGCUAGGCAUGAAGUCUCAGACAGCAAGCAGCAUUCCACUGACAGCCACCAACCUGCGAAUCCAGGGCAAGGAUGUGUUGCGUCUGCCGCCCUCCUCGAUCACUACUGAUGCCAAGGGCCAGACAGUACUCCGCAUCACUCCAGACAUGAUGGCAACACUGACAAAGUCACCUGUCACCACUGUCAAGCUCACUCCUGACAUGCUCAGUGCUGCAGCUGCCUCAGGUCGGAAGGGGAUUUCUGCCACACUUCAUGUGACCUCCUCUCCUGUGCCUUCCACUGUUUCUUCUGCUGAAACGCCCACAGUCAAGUCGCCAUGCAGUUCCACCUCUACCACAGCAGGGGGUGCCACCACAUUAGUUAAAGUUCAGCCGGAGGUGAAGACUACGGACACCUCAAUCCGACUUAUGCCUGCUCUGGCUGUGAACAUGGCUGAUCAAAAGGGGAAGACAAUUACAACAGUCACUUCUUCUGACACCAAACCUGCCACCACUAUUCGGAUCAUGCCUGGUUUGGGUGUCAUUCCUCAAAAACCAGGACAAACCAUUACUGUUGCCACAGCAGCAGGCAAGCAUGUGCCAGCUUCCACUGGGGUGGCAGUCUCUAGUGCCACCACAGUGACAAUAGCAACUGGCAGUAUGGCUACUGCUAAAGGGGUAAGCAUGGCUUCAGCAGCGGGAACACCCAUUGCCUUGAGUACAGGGACAGCUACUGUGCGCCAGAUGCCAGUGAGUGCCACAGUGGUGUCCACCACACAGCCGGGUAAACUUCCUGCCCGGUUCACUGUGCCACUGUCAGUCCUCAGUCAGCCCCUGAAAGGGAAGAAUGUGGUGACCGCUCCAAUUCUGAAGGGCAACAUUGGAACAAACAUCAGCAGUCUAGGACGCAACAUCAUCUUGACCACAAUGCCAGCUGGCACCAAGCUCAUUGCUGGCAACAAGCCUCUAAGCUUUGUCACAACACAGCAGCUCCAGCAGCUUCAGCAGCAGGGACAAGCCACUCAGGUACGCAUCCAGACGGUCCCAGCCCAGCAGCUGCAGCAGAGGACUGCUUCCGGUUCGCCAAAACCCGUUUCCACUGUGGUUGUAACGACGGCUCCAUCACCAAAGCAACCGCCGGACCCCCAGUAGAUUUUCUCCUGCUUAUGCGUCUUUGGACUCUUGUCAUUCCUUUUUUUUUUUUUUUUUGUGACUGUCGUGGUGUGCGUGUGUGUGUGUGUGUGUGUGUGUGUGUGUAUGGAACAUGGCCCGUCUGUCAGAACUGUAAUAAAUAAUGGACUGUU